UCUUAAUGUGAAUUCCGAAAAUUCUGAAGAAUUUCAAAAAACAAUGGGUGGAAAUCCUUUUGAUGCUGCAACAGGAUAUCGUAAUCUUACUUAUGAAGAGGUUUUACAAGAGUUGAUGAAACACAAAGAACAAUUGAAGAAAAAAGAUACCCACAUUCAUGAACUUGAGGAUUAUAUUGACAAUCUUUUAGUACGAGUAAUGGAAGAAACUCCAAGUAUUCUACGAGUGCCAUAUGAACCUUCUCGGCGAGCUGGCAAAUUUUCAAAAACCUAAGCUAAUGCCAACACUCCUUGGUAUUAAUUAAGAUGAUGGAUCACUUAGUCCAGUGUUUUGAUAUUGUAAAUUUCAUAUUCAUGCUUUGUCCUGAAAGCAUUUGACUCCAAAUUUAAGUUAGUAUUAGUUCUUGAAUCUGUAUAUAAACUCCAGGUUUUAUAAGGUCAAAUGUAAACUCCUUUUGCUGCAAAACAUUCUUUUACCUUGAACAUGUACAUCCAGGUAUGCUUUAUUUUCAAAAUAUUAUGCUUAGUUUGGAUUAUCCUGUACAAUUGUCAUUUAAUAUAGAUACUUGAAUAUUUAUUUUGCACUUCAAUCAAACACUUGGGAGUUUUGCAGCAUGUUGCCAGAAUGAAUGUGCAGAGUCAGAAUGUGUCUUGCAGCUCUUAAUAUGAAGGAAAAUGUGAUGUACUUUAGGAAUCACUACUACCGUAAAUGAGAUGAUAAUACAUUUUUGCCUGAGGAGAGGGACAGUAUUGAUCCUUAGUGUAGAGCAGUGGUUCCCAAACUUGGCAACUUUAAGACUUGUGGACUUCAACUCCCAGAAUUCUCCAGCCAGCAGA